GGGUGGGGGCCUGGGGGGGUAUUUCCAGCGACAGCACUCGGGGCACACAUUGCUCAUCAGGGUGCCGACAGCAGAGCCAUGGCCGAGGAGCAGCGGGACCUCAUCUCCGACCACGGCAGCAGCGUGUUCCGUGCCAGGGACACUCAGAGGUCUGCGUUGGGCAGCAAAGCCGCCCUCUCCACGCUCUCCAUCCUGGUGGCACUGCUGAUCGCCGGCCAGGCUGUCACCGUCUACUUCGUCUACCAGCAGAACGGGCAGAUCAGCAAGCUGACCAAGACCUCCCAGACCCUGCAGCUGGAGGCACUGCAGAGGAAGCUGCCUGCCAGCGCCAAGCCAGCCAAGGGUGCGAAGAUAGCCAUAAUGAGCAUGCCGCUGAGGGUCCCGUCUCUCAAUCCCACUGCUGACGCCAUGGCUCCUGCCAGCAACAAAACUGAGGAUCAAGUGAAGCACCUGCUGCUGCAAGCAGACCCCAGGAAGAAGUUCCCGGAGCUGAAGUACAGCAUGAUGGCGGACAACCUGAAGACUCUGAAGACCACCAUGACUGAUGCGGACUGGAAGUCCUUUGAAUCCUGGAUGCACAAGUGGCUGCUGUUUGAAAUGGCCAAGAACACCAAGCCCAAGGGGCGUAAGACAACCGCAGCAAAGAAAGUGCAAACUAAGUGCCAGGCGGAGGCCAGUUCUGGGGGUGUCCAACCGGGUCACUUCCAGCCGCAGUGCGAUGAGAACGGCGACUACCUGCCCAAGCAGUGCAAUGCCUCCACAGGCUACUGCUGGUGCUCCUACAAAAAUGGCACCAGGAUCGAGGGCACCGCUACUCGGGAAAAGCUGGACUGCCCUGAUGAUGCUGCAGUCACUACCCCUGCUACCACUGUGGAACCGGAGAUGACCUUCUCCGGCGCGGAGGCAGUCAAGCUGGCUGUGUAGGAAGCCUAAUAGAAGAGGAUGCCAGCUGUUGCCUGUCCUGUCUUCAGCAUCCCAGCUCAAAUUUCUUUUUCUCUAUUUCAUUUCUGCUCUUACAUUGCUUUUCCAAGGCAAUUAGAUUAGCAGCGGGCACCCCUGCACACCCCUGUCCCUAGAGGUAUCGACUGUGCCCCCCUGCUGUAAGGCACCAGAUGGGGCUUAGCUGCCACCAGGAGCAGUGCUGGAGACAAAGUGUUCCCCCAGAGAGUAGGUAAAGCAGGCUGGAAAAUUAUUUCAAUGAUGUCAGACCCAUAAAUCCUGUUCCCUUUUGCGCAUCAGCAUCCCGCAGCACCCAGACAGUGGCACGCACACUAAUGCUUUCUUACACUGAAUAAACAUUAAAAGCAGCAAAACAACCUCCACCAGCUUCUUAACUGACCCCUGUAGGCCGAAGCCCUGUUAUUACUAGAGUAGAUGGUUGUUGUGCUGAGUUUUGUAGGCAACAUGUUCACCUUCUGCCUUCAGGCUGGAGGACAGCUGAAGCAGUGGGUAAGUGUGCAGAGAAGCUGACCCUGGAGUCAAAGGGACUUCUAGUUUUUCUGGAUAUAUCUGAUAGUUUCUUUAGAAAUGUCUCACAAGCUAAUUUCAAAUAAACUUUUGAAUAAGAAA